AUGGCAUCGGGUGAGCAGCAAAAAGGGCUCAGGACGCUGACCUGGGACGAACUCGAGCCAUGGCAGCAAGACAACCACUUCAUCAUUCGUGGGUACCGCGCCGCCACCAACUCGUACGGUAGAUCGCUCCAGAGCCUCGCCCACAUACACAACCAAACCGUCAACAUAUGGAGCCACUUGCUUGGUGCUGUGGCCUUUGUUGCCGCGGCGUUCCUCCUGCACCAGCAGCUCCGACAGGCACUCCAAUUUGACCUGGUGCUCUUUGGGGUCUUCUUCGCAGGCCUCCUCGCAUGCCUCACCCUGUCUUCGGCAUUUCAUACAUUUGGAAACCACUCCGAGGUGAUCCGCCAGUGCUUUCUGCUCGGAGACCUCGCGGGCAUCAUCUUGCUUACCAUGACAAGCUUCUACCCUGGAGUGUACUACGGGUUCUACUGUGAACCAGCCAUCGCCAGAUUCUACUGGGCAAUGAUUACAAUAUUCGGCAUUGGCGCUCUCAUAGUCUGCCUCCUGCCCCAGUGCCAGCGCAAGCCGUGGCGCCACGUCCGCACGGCCAUCCUCAUCUCCAUGGGCCUCUCGGGCGUUGUGCCUAUGACCCACGCCGCGCAGAGGUUCGGCGUUCACCAGGCCGGCCUGCAGAUGGGCUGGGACUGGUAUGUCGGCGAAGGUAUAUUCUAUGUCCUCGGCGCCAUUAUAUAUGUGAACAAGGUUCCCGAGAAAUGGAAACCCGGGUACUUUGAUAUCUGGGGCAGCUCGCACCAGAUCUUCCACGCAUGCGUGCUGAUCGGGGCCUGGUGCCACCUCAACGGUGUGGUCAAGGCUUUCAAGUACAAUCAUGACCCCCAGACGAUGCGGUGCUAA